AUGGGUUCAGGCAUACUCAUUAGUAGACUUCUUCUCCUUAACUUUCUUCUUCUCUGGCAACUUCGCACUGGGGCUACUUCCAGUUAUGGCACUAAAGCUGCUGCUAAUAAUGGUGGUACCACUACAGUUGGUAACAUUACAGCAGAUGAAGUGGACGCUCUUGAACUUCUCAUCAAUACUUUACAAUCCGGAUGCACAAAGGCGGUCACGUUGAAUUUUAGUUGUUCAAACGGCAAGAACGCCUGGGACGCCCCGAUCAAUUGUUUCUGUGAUAACAAAAAUGAAGCUUGUUCCGUCACUGAAAUAAACUUCGCAGGCAUGAAGUUGGAUGGAUAUAUUCCCUACAGUUUAACUACAGUGCAUGGUGAAUUUAAAAACUUGAAAGUACUUGAUCUAUCCAACAAUCAGCUUUCUGGUGGGAUUCCUGACUGGCUGGGAGAUCUACAGAGUCUCGAAAGAUUGUAUGUUAAAGCAAUGAUUCGUACGUGGUUCUAUGGACAUCUCAAGCAAUGCGCUGACCGACUCAUACCUUCUGAACUGACAACUUUGCAGAGUCUGAAAGAGCUGGACCUUUCAUUCGAUAUGGUGACCGGUUCUAUACCUGCUAAUCUGACAAAGAUGCGCAGUUUGGAAGUUCUGGAUCUUUCAGAAAACAAAUUGAGUGGACUCAUACCAGACAGCAUAGGUGAUUGUAAGGAAUUAGUUUCCAUGGAUCUUGAUAAUAACUCGUUGUCAGGCUAUAUUCCUCCCAAACUAGGAAAACUCUCUGCGCUCGAUUAUUUGAAUCUGGCUGACAAUAAUCUUGAGGGGAACCUUCCAAACGAGCUUGGGAAUUUGGUCAAUCUUACUUCCCUGGUUCUGAGGAAUUGCAAAAUUAAUGGUUCAAUGCCCGAAUACAUUGGCAACUGGACUCAGUUAAAAUAUCUUGACUUGAGCUUCAACAACUUAACCGGUGACUUGCCGGAAUCAUUUCAGAACCUGACUAAGUUUCACCCGACUAGUGGUGGCGGAGGCGUAAUCAUAGGAAAGCAUCAUUAUCAUAACGAUACCUCAACAACAAGUUUUAACCUAAGUCCAUCUGAAGAUUGGGCUUAUAGCUCUUCUGGAUACUACUUUUGGGCCAGAAGCUUUUCUCAAGAGGGAUCAUUGGCCAGUUCCAUGGACGAAAAUUCUUUCUAUGAGAGCACUAGUUUCUAUGGCAGUACUUUAGUAAGAAACUCGACGUGUGAAGUUUCUAGUCCUGAGGCAAAAUUAGAAAACAAUUUCCGUCUUGCUCCUGUUUCUCUAACUUAUUAUGGGCUCUGCUUGCGUAGAGGCAAGUACCAUGUGACGCUUCAUUUUGCAGAAGACAGCAGAGUAGGGAAACGCGUGUUUGAUGUAUAUAUUCAGAAAACUACAUCCUUGGGAAAUCGCGGUAAUUACAGUAAGCUGUAUUUUGUUUCUGCUGCUGUUGUUGGCCUUUAUGUGGAUAAUGGGCUGGAUAGGAGACAGAGAAUUACGCGAAGGAACCUGCAUUUGCUAAUCUACGAAUAUUUGGAACUUGGCUCAGUUGGAAAAGUUUUAUUCGAUACAAAUUCUACAGUGCAACUUGAUUGGCCUCAAAGAUUUACUAUCUGCCGGGGUAUAGCGAAGGGUUUGAAGUAUCUACAUGAAAGGAAUCCACAAAUAAUUCACAGAAACCUGAAAGUCAAUAAUAUCCUACUUGAUGCAAGUUGUAAUCCCAAAGUAUCUGACUUUGGGUUGGCAAAGCUUUACGAGGAGGAAAAUCCAUAUAUUGGGAUUGACGCUGGAACAGAUCUAUACUUCACACAAAUGCAGGCCGGUAAUUUACAUUCGAAGCAAAGACUUGCAGAAUUAGUUGACCCAAGCUUGCAGCCUUAUGAUUGGGACCAAGCGAACAUUGUCCUGAACUUGGCCAUAAAGUGCACUGAUCAAUCACCUUCUCUUAGACCUACAAUGUCUCAAGUUGUGACUGUACUUGAACGUGAAAAAACUCUCGAGGAUAUUUCUAAAGAGAUUGCUUCCUCGACAUGA